CGGUAACUCGGCUGGGUUUGCCGGCACGACAAUACAUAUAGUGACACUUGUUUUAGUGGUGGGACAGUUGUGAGUAGUACACGAAGGUUGUAACGUCGUUUUACACUCAAUACUUUUAUUUAUUUGUGUGGACUAUUAAUAAUAUAUAUUAAAUGUGAAAAUGAUUAUAAAUCAUUAAUUAAUAAUUAUUUAUGUGAAUAAAGUGUUAGUCAUUUGUUUAUUACGCAUCUGGAUUUUUUCAAAGCAAUUUUGUGCUACGGACAUCAACGUUAAUAAAUUUGCGCAACAACAGAGUCAUGGCGUCGUUGUUCAAGGUCUGUUCAAUUACUAAGCCAGAUGAGCGGAAAAUAGUAAAAGCUGACUCAAUUGAAAAGCUCAUUGCUGCAGCGAUAGAUAAAUUAAAGCUUGGAGAGUGGAAGUAUAAGGUUUACACCGAUGAUUUUACUGAAAUAGAUGAAGAUGAUAUUUUGAUUCACUUGGCUAAAGUCAAAGAAACUCAAGGACAGCAACUUGUUUUAACUAUUGUUCCUGACGGAAUUGAUUGGAACAAAACAACUGCUCAAAAAUAUGCUCUGGAUCAACAUGCAGAAGUACCUAAUGAAAAUACUCCUACAAAACCUUCCAAUGUACGUCAAGCAACAGCAAAUAAUAGUUCAUCACACUCAGGAGCAACUUUAUCGCAAUUGGAUCAUUUGUCGAAAAUCUAUCCCAAAUUUUCGACACAUAUUCAGACAAUUUUACGUAAAGGCGAGAAUUUAAAACCAAAAGAAAGGACGCAAAUUGUGCACACAGUACGUGAUUAUAUUAUUUAUGAUUUGAAAGAUUUGAGUCUAGGUACUGCAGGAGCUAUCAGUACUCAACUCGUUUCAAAAUAUGAGGAAAACUUUACGACAAAGAUGGGCAGUAUUGAUGGUGAGAUUCAGUCUUUACAGCAAGCUGUAUAUAGCGCAGUUCGUUAUCAAAAAAAAAGUCAAGGGGAAGAUGUCUGUAAAGUGUCUGACUCUUUAGCUGAUAAUGAUGACGAGCUUGUCGAUAAGCCGAAGAUGCAGGAUGAAUACGGUUGUGUAGCGUAUUUACCAGUUCAACCGCCGUCUGAAGAAUUAAAGUCGAUGUAUCAACAACGAUCGGAAUUGAUAGAUGAAUUUAAAACACGGGGUGACGAAUUGACCGAUGAACAACUGACUUCAAUGCAAGAAACCUAUUAUCUGCAAAGAAAGGAUGUACAUGUGGAACCGGAUUUAUCAGUAAUUUUCGAGCUAUGGCCUUUUUUCCAUCACUAUAAACUAAUUAUCCAGCACGCUGAUGAAUUAUUAGGCAAAAAUACAAGUUCUACAUGGAAAGAAUCUUUACAAAAAUUGGCAAAGCCUAUUAAUCGUUGGGCAAAAAAUGAAGAAAUUGCUCGAGAAGUAAAAGUUAAAAAUAAAAAAAGUGCAAUAGAUGAAGAAAGAAGGUUUGUUCGUGAUAGACUGAAACUGGCAACCAAGUACAGUGAGAAAUUUAAAAACGACAUACCUUAUCAAACGGUUGUCUUUGAAUUCAUUGUCAAAUAUAUGAAGGAGGAUUCGACAUUUCUGUACAAUCUCAUAAGUGAAGACAUGGAAGAUGCGAAAAUGUUGGAUUCCAUUCCUGUUGCAAAUCCUGUUUUAGUAAUUCGAGGCCAAGAUUUACAUGAUGCCGAAAAUUUAUACGAUAUAGUUAUAAACAAAGAAAUUAUCAUACAUGCAAAAUCUUUUUCUGAAGGGCUUUUAACAACAUUUCUAUGCUAUUACGUAUUUCGGAUUGCUUAUCCCCAAGAAAUCGAGGGAACACUCGAAGCAAUUCAGCGAUUAUUCUUACUGAUUUGUCCCCCGAAGGGUACGAAGAGAGGCGGUAAAAGAAAAGCAACCAAGAUUCAUCCUAAAGUCACCAAGAUGACCAAAGAUAUUGACUGCUACCUCGCAGAUGACUGAUACGAACUAAUAUCCAUAGUUUUUUUUACAUUUUAAGUAUAUUAUCUAUGUAUAUGAGAACUUUAUUUCGACAUGAAGUAAAUUUAUUUUAUUUCAUUAUAAAACUCAGUGCUGAUAUAAUUCAAAAAAUGUUUGCCAUAUUAUACGAUGUACAACAAACAUUUUAUGCUU